CGGGUCGGUCUCCCGCCAGCUCCGGGCCGCGCGGUGAUUGGCCGGCGCGCCGGGGAUAAAGGCGGGCGCGGGCCCGGCGCCGAUUUCCGCAGCGGCGGUCGCGGCUCCCCGUCCCGCGAGCUCCCCGCGGCGCCAUGAGCUGCGUCCACCUGCCCACCGUGCUGCCCGGCUCCCCCAGCAAGACCCGGGGGCAGAUCCAGGUGAUCCUCGGACCCAUGUUCUCAGGGAAAAGCACUGAGCUGAUGAGGCGGGUCCAGCGCUUCCAGAUUGCCCAGUACAAGUGCCUGGUGAUCAAAUACGCCAAGGACACGCGGUACAGCAGCAAGUUCUCCACGCACGACCGGAACACCAUGGAGGCCCUGCCGGCCUGCCUGCUUCGAGACGUGACCCAGGAGGCCAUGGGCGUGGCUGUCAUCGGCAUCGACGAGGGGCAGUUUUUCCCGGACAUCGUGGAGUUCAGCGAGACCAUGGCCAACGCCGGGAAGACGGUCAUCGUGGCUGCGCUGGACGGGACCUUCCAGAGGAAGGCCUUCGGGACCAUCCUGCACCUGGUGCCGCUGGCCGAGAGCGUGGUGAAGCUGAACGCCGUGUGCAUGGAGUGCUUCCGCGAGGCGGCCUACACCAAGAGGCUGGGCCUGGAGAAGGAGGUCGAGGUGAUUGGAGGAGCCGACAAAUACCACGCCGUGUGCCGCCUCUGCUACUUCCGGAAGGCGUCGGGUCAGCCCGCCGUGCUGGACGGGGAGGACAAGGAGAACUGCCCGGCGCCGGGGAAGCCGGGGGAGGCCAAGCCUGGGGAGGCUGUGGGCGCCAGGAAGCCCCUGUUCCCUCAUCAGACCCUGCAGUGCAGCCCCGCCAACUGAGCCUGGGGAGGUGCGGGCGCCCCCUAGCGGACACCUGCCCCGCGCGCUGAGCCGCCUCUCCGAGGAGGAAGCGGCCCGAGGAGCCUUCACCGGCUGUGGCAUGCUCUGUCUGCAGGCCCUUGCCCGCGGGUGGCCGCAGCCCGGUUUCCCUCUUUGCCUGCCCACCGGCCUGUCUCAGUUCCCUUCCCAGCUGCUGGGCCCUCGUGGCGCCCCGGGCUGCAGCCGGCCCUGCGCUGCGGCUCCUUCUCCUUUGGGGUGAGGAGCAGGCCGCGUGCUGUGGUGACAUCAGCGACGCUGGCUUCUUCCCUCUCUGUGGCUUCCACCGUUGAGUUUCUGUUCUCACCGGCCAGUCCGGGAGCAGCGGCUCCGGCCCAGCACCCAGUCUCGCUGCACACGAAGGCGGCCCUCCCUCCGCCGGGGACAGGACGGCCGGGCGAGUGCCUUCUUGCUUCUCUCCGGGCCGAGUCCUUCCUAUUCCGGGAUCCCUUUCUCGGAAUGACAGCUUCUGUCACGUGGUGGCGCUCACCCUGCGGGGCCUCGGGCCAGGGCUCUGCUGCCUCCAGUGGGGAGGGGGUCGGGCAGGCCCUGGCCCUGUUGCCGUGGGUGAAGUUAAUGACCGACAUUAAAGCGUGCUGGCUGCUGGGA